ACAAAGACCCCUCCCAACACACACACACACACGCAGCACAGGCAGCACACACAGUCAGCGGUGCAAUCAGCUACUCACUCACUCACAGCAGCACAGCCACGUCGACAUCAGUAAGAGCCAACCCAAACAAACCAAACCCCCAAAACGGACGCAGCUAAAUACGAGACAGGCACGACACUGCCAUUUCGACGAUGCGAGAGAAAGAGACACGCAAACACACACACACGAAUGAGCUUCUAGUCUAGCUAUGGCUUGCCACUAUUCUUCGUCUCCGUAGCCAUUUCUGUGUGAUGGUGUUGUUCGUCCAUGAUGUGAGUGCAUUCACACGAAACACAUCUCUGUACACGCACACAUCCCCGCGACCCCACCCCCCCACCCCCACCCCACCCCACUGAUUCGUGUGUCCUUGUGGCUAGACUGCCCUAAUCGAUGGCUCAGGUGACCUGCCACACCUCGAUCGCAUCCCACCCACCACGCACAAAGUGAGUGCGACCAUCAACGGUCGAUGACGGGCCGCUAAGAAAGGGCCUCUCUGUCCCACUGAUAGCCAGCAACGCGUCAGAGUCGAAGGGUAGCGCCUGCCUCACACACAGGGUGUGCGAGACAUUGUGGCCUCUGGACUGAGGCCGCACACUGAUCUUGAACUCUCCGUAGGACACCCGCGAGACGCUGAUAGUCGACUGCUGUGCUGUCAUCUUGCUGACGGUGCCCCCCUCGACGUCAAUCAGCUUGAACAGGAACGGGAUGGCGGCCUGCGUAAGGGAGCGGUCGUAGACACUGUCGUAAGUAAGUAAAGUCAUGUCACCCAUCACACACACACGACACAAGACAUGUGCGCUUGGCUGCCCACAGGCGUGGCGUGCCACACACUCACUGUUCGUAAGAGUCGUUGAGCCCUGGCGUGCAUGUAUUGAGCCCCUCUGGGCUGGCAGCGCCCAGGACCUCACCACUUUUCUGCAGCAGCACCACCUGCACACCACAUGCAACGCAACAGACACAUAGGCAUGGCUCGCGUGGCGUGGUGUGGCGGUUGUACUGCUCACCCAGCCCUUCUGUUCCUCUGGAGGGGGGAUGCUCGCCAGGAAGGCAGCGCCAUCAUACACACCCGAUGAGCAACAACUAAUGCCAUGAGGAGCGAAAGAGCAUCGUGCACCCUGCCAGUGAUGUGUGGUUGUCGCCCACCCCAUACACACCUGUAUGUGCACUGUAUGUCCUCUGCCGGCUUCUUCGACUCCUCCUCCAGCCACAUGACCAGCCGGUUCAUCUGCGAUCGCCCUCCCAACAGCCCCAUCUCCGCCCCCCCUCCCAAAGGCAUCGACGGUGCAAUGCGCUGCACACAGUCCUCACGCGGCCCACACAAUCCAAACAUCUCGAGUGUCCGGCGCAGCUCGUGAGUGUCCGCCUCGGUGGCCGAUGAGUGUUGCGGUGGCGAGAUGGUGAGGGAUUGGGAGGGGGUGAGUCGGUGUCGGCGGGCGAAGUUGAUGACCUUACGGACGAUCGCAGGCGACGUGGCGUCUAACGAGCCCCUGCGAGGGAGGCGGGGAGGGAAAGAGGGAGCAUACAUGUUGAGAACAGCUCGUCUAUGUUAGGCGAUCUCUUACCCAUCAAAGCGAUUUGCGAACUGCGAGUUGUCUCCUCCACACGCCUCCACAGUGGCCGUGGUCGUGCUCAGCGUCAUCCCGAUCACACGCAAACUCCUGACCUCCACCCCAACACCCGUAGACGGCUGAAGCCAGGGCUCGGCCAGCCUCAGACGCUCCCUCAGCUCUUGUGUGACGCUCUUGACUGCAUCCGUCUGCGCGUCAAUGGCCGCGUGCUCCUUGGCAUAGCCGAUGGACAGUGACUUGACGGCUUCCAUGACAGCGGCAUGUGACGGCACGGCGUAAUGCAUCUGGCGCGGCAGCACUGGUGCAUGCAUGUGUGGGGGAGGGGGGCCGGGGGAGGGGUUCACGGUGGGUAAGGGCUUGUUGAGAAGCAUGUCUACAAACAAGGCCUCGUCCACAUCAGGGGCACCACUGCUGCUGCUGCUGCUGCCGUCGUAUGUUGAGAGGGCGUGGAUGAUCUUGUCAAAUAUAAGAUUGUCGAGGUCCAGAAAUAUGCGGUUGGAGUCGUCGUGGCACCGGACGAGCCGCCCAUCGAUGUGACCGCUGAAGAUGAAGGCCAACAAGCUGUCGGCCUUCUUGGUCAGCCACCCGCGGGAAACCUCAUACGGCGCCCCGCCCACCGACAGGUGCAGCCUCUCAUCAGCGCGACCAACGGCGGUCUCCUGCCACCCACUCUCACUCAGCAGCUGCUGCUUGGCGCUUUGCAGCUCGUCGAGCACUCGCUGCUUAGCUGCGAGGGCUCGCCCGGCAUCUUCGACGGCGGCAGUGAAAGACUGGAUGGCACGCUCCGCGAAUGCUGGGCGUGACGCGGCCGAGGGAAGCUGCUGGCCAGCACUGUUACCGUCAGACUUCGACCCCGCCACAGACACAUCCCUGAUGGAUGCUCACACGACGAAAGAACACCAUCACGUCUUAACGCUCCUCCCUGUUGACUGUCUGGGCUCCGCUCACCUGAUGACCUCCCUGCCCAGCAUGAGCACUGCCUGCCCGUGUGAGCUCAGGUACUCUUCGAUAGUGGUGACUAUGUCGUCGUGGGCCUGCGAGAGGCCGCUGACUAUCUCCUGCAGGCGAUUCCGUUGCUGCGCCAGCUCACGGAUCACACGCAGAACGAUGCUUGCGUGGGCGGCGCUUGUCCGACCUGAGCAAACACACCCACACCCACCCACCCACUCACCCAUCCACACGCACACAUGAGGAUAGGCACAGACACAACGGUAGUUGCUGACCGGCCCUGAGCAGGCUUGGCAACAUCUCUGGCCACCCCUGGGGGAACUCGCGCAACGCCACCUCAGACAAGGCGCUCGCACACGCCUGCUGCACACUGGGGGAGGUGAAAUGGCCGGCGGGCAACUGAAGGUAGGAGAGCAGCUUCUCUUUGAGCUCACGGGUGUUCUUCUGCUCGGUGAUCCAUUUCUGCCACUGCUUGCGGAUGGCCUCGCGGAAGAGCGUAUACCCGAAGCACCGCACUUGAUGGACCAGGACGGCGUCGAGCUGCCAGCCGUCGUGCGUGACGAGUCGGUCGGCAAUCCCGCAGGCAUUCGGGUGCUCAUAUAAGGCCGUGCACUGCUGUUCGGCCGCCACUCGGUCAGCAUGAGACACAUUCGGCUGCCCGGAGACCCUCAGCGCUUCGAUGACCGACCGCGCGAUAUCAUCCAUGGUGCCAGCAGUUGGAUGAGAUCGGCGUGAGGCGAGAUCAGGGAGCUGGAUGCAGGCAAGGCCAGAUACGUGGCCAGAUCUCAUCCCUCACCGCCGAGUGGUCGUUGAUCGGGGUCUCCCUGGUGUGUUUGUGGCCAUAUGGCAUAGCUGUUGCUGGGGAGCUGUUGUUCACCAGAUGCGCUGGUGCCG